AUGUAUCAAGUAAAACAUUUAUUUCGUUUACCUGUUCGUCUCUAUUCAUCUCUACCACCAAAAUUUAAUCCAUGGCAAGAUUAUCGUGCUUAUUUGGAUCAAGUAAAAACAUAUAUCAAUCGAUUGAAUCCUUAUGUUGAACUUGAUCUUCGAUCAGCUGCUCUCAAUUGGGAUUAUAUAUUAAAUGAUGAAAAUUCUCAAACAAUUGCAGAAAAUAUUAAACAAAGAAAAGAAAACGAAUAUGCUGAUAUAGAACAAAUUCAUGCACUUCAUCAUGAUGUACAAGCUCUAUUUCAUCGUAUUGAAGAAAAAAAACUUGAUCCAAUUCAAGGCGAAGAUCAGAUCAAACUUAAAAUUCAAGAUUUAUAUAAUCAUGCAUUAAGAAUACCUAAUAAUACACAUCCUGACGUCCCAAUUGGGAAUCAAGAACAAGCACGAGUUGUUCGGUUAGUUGGAAAGAAACCAGAAACGUCUGGUAAUUCGCAAACAAUUGACCAAAUUGGUCAAGAAUUAAAUUUGAUGCAAUUAGAGAAUAUGGGUCAUGUAUCAUUUCGUGGUGCUUAUGCAUUAUUUGGUGAUUUUGCACGUUUAGAACGAGCUUUAAUGUAUUAUACAUUUGAAAAACUUACAAAAAAUGGUUUCAAAUUAGUUUCAGUUCCUGAUAUUAUUCAUCGAGGCAUUAUUGAAUCAUGUGGAUUUCCAACAAAAGGUAAACGAUCACAAGUCUAUCAAUUAGAUUAUGGAGAAGAAUUUGGUCGAUAUUGUCUUGCUGGUACAUCUGAAAUGCCUAUCGCUGGUUUACUUAAACAUAAUACAUUUCGUAAAGAUGAAUUACCUUUAAAAUUAGCUGCAUGUAGUCGUUGUUAUCGAGCUGAAUUACCCGGAGGAAAAGGUGAAGGUAAUUUAUAUCGUGUACAUGAAUUUAAUAAAGUUGAAAUGUUUGCUGUUACAACGGAUGAUGAUGAUGUUUCACAAGAAAUGCAUAAUGAAAUUGUUCGAUUAGAAUCAUCAAUGUUUGAGGAACUUGGAUUACAUUUUAGAGUACUCGAUAUGCCAUCAGAAGAACUCGGCCUUUCAGCUCAUAGAAAAUAUGAUAUUGAAACGUGGAUGCCAGCGAAAGGAUUUUACGGUGAAAUAAGCAGUGCAUCGAAUUGUACUGAUUUUCAAUCACGUCGUCUUCACAUAAAAUAUAUUGACGAUAAUGGUGACGAACGAUUUGUUCAUACUUUAAAUGGAACAGCUAUGGCAAUUCCUCGAAUGCUUACUGCUAUUAUUGAAUCUAAUUGGAAACCGGAUAUUGGACAAGUCCAAAUCCCGGUUCCUCUACGAGCUUUUAUGGGUAAUCGAGAAUUUAUUUCAAAAACUUCUGCGACACCAAGAACUCAAUGGAUCAAAUUUCUCAGUUGA